AAAGGUGGUAAGAACAGAAGAAGAGGUAAGAACGACAAUUCCGGCCAGAAGAGAGAAUUGAUCUACAAGGAAGAUGGCCAGGAAUACGCCCAGAUCACCAAGAUGUUGGGUAAUGGUAGAAUCGAAGUAUCGUGCUUCGACGGCAUCAAGAGAAUGGGCCAUAUCAGAGGAAAGUUAAGAAAAAAGGUAUGGAUGGGUCAAGGUGAUAUUAUUCUCGUCUCUUUGAGAGAUUUCCAAGACGACCAGUGUGAUGUGGUGCACAAGUACAACUCGGACGAAGCUAGAACUUUGAAGAAUGUUGGUGAGUUGCCAGAAAGCGCAAAAAUCAACGAAACCGAUACUUUUGGUGCCGACGACGACGAAGACGUCAACUUCGAGUUCGGAGCCGAAGACGAGUCGGAGGAAGAAGACGACGACUUGGACAUCGACGACAUCUAA